CUGGUCUGUUUCCGUCCUAAAUCGUUAACGAAACCUUACGUUCUUGAACGCACCCCGGAUUUAAAUUGUAGCAACGAGCUAAACCAUGCCUGCAGCUGAAGCGUCUGUUGUUUCUAGUCCUACACACAGUUGUUUCAAUUAAUAGUAAAUACAUCAUCAAAUGUGGCUAGUUUUUGGCUCCAAAUAUUGACUAACGAGUUGAAUAACGUCGUAUGUCCUGUGUUGGGUACAUUAGCUAGCACUAUCAAGGUACAUCUUUGCUGGGGCAAUGUCUGCAGUCAGCAGCCUGGUCCCGGCUCGAUUCCUGACUCUCACUGCUCACCUCGUCAUCGUCAUCACCAUUUUCUGGUCACGGGAGAACAAUGUUGAAGCUUGCCUGCCUUUGGAUUUCACACAGGACCAAUACGACAAGGAGGACACCAAGUUGGUGGUAGCAUUGUCAGUCACCAUGGGUCUGUUUGCUAUAGAGCUGGCUGGCUUCUUCUCUGGUGUGUCUAUGUUCAACUGCACCCAGGGCCUCCUCUCGACUGCAGCCCAUGCCAGUGCCUCUGUGGCUCUGCUGUUCUUUCUGUUUGAACAAUGGGCAUGUGAAAUAUACUGGUGGAUCCUUGCUUUCUGCAGAGAUGGGAGUGUUGGACAUACUGGGUUAUUUUUGCCUUCUGCAGUGUUCUCCCUGCAUUUGUGGAGAUCCUACUCUUCAUCGCAGUGUUCGGACUGAAGAAGAAGCCACUAUAACCGAGAGCAGUGUUUCACAUCAAUGUUCGGUCUGGAAUGUAGUGUCCAUCCUUCCCAGCACUUGUACAUAGCUGUCCAAGUGUGUGACACAUUGUGACUGUUCAAUAGUGUCAAGGAGACAUAGUUGAUGUUAUUGAUGCUGGAUGGUGAUCGUAGUGAUAAAGACAACAGAGCUGGUUAAGAUGUGGAUGGUCAAAGCUGCAGUAUCCGAUACGGUGACAGCAUAGGUUCAAAUCUGGCCUUCUCACUUUUGACACAGCCUUUAUCUAUCCAUCAAUAGUCAGAUUAUUUUUAUUUAUUUUAAGCUGUGGUCUGUGUUUCAGGAUUGUGGGCGUUGUAGAUGGAAACAGAGCUACUGUAUGUACCAAGGCGGAGAGGAUGAUUUGUAAAAACUCCAGCAUAUUGAUCCUAAUUGCUACGCUGAAUGUAUAGACACAAGUAACCAUCUUUCUCUUCACCAUGAUAAAUGGUCCUGUGUACCAUAGGGUUUUAGUACCACCUUUCUAAAGUGUUUACCUAAAAAAUAUGUUUUAUCAAGCUGAAGCUAUACCUACCAUUCCUUCCUUCCUUUUAAUAUGCUUUUUACAUUAAUCUAAAAUGUGGUGAUAUCUGAUGGUUGCUACACCUCUAUAUGUCAAAGUGUUAUUCUUUUUUUUUUUUAAGAUUAACGUAUUUUACCUGUGUAAUCUAGUAUUUAUUUCAUAAACCUUCCUUGAAAAAAAUUGUGCGGUGGGUGUGUCAGUCUUGACGCACUUUUUGCGUCGCUAGAAUCUGAUUGGCACUUCACAUUCGACUCCUACGUGUGCCACCUCUCACCGGUUCCGGGUAGCAGAAACGGAGUUUGUUCCUGGAGCUGCCUGUGUUUUGAAAGGAUAUCGAAAACGCAUGAUCCGUUGUGUCAAAAACGUAAUUAUAGAUUAAAUAUCAAAACAUGGGUAAGU